CCACGGUUUAGCUCGAGACUUCGAAGCGCAGUCCAGUGGAUAGUAUUGAAAAGCUGACGGGGAGAGCGCAACACAGGGACUUGUCCAUUUACCUUUGCAACUACAUCUCUCAAAGGAAUAACAUAACAGAAGAAUACAACACAAAGACAAAAGGAAACAAAAAAGCAUUUGCCUUCGGAUUUAUGAUCGUUUUUAAAAGUUGUAUGUACUUUUUUCUUCGAUGAAUGUAGCUUCAUGCUCAAAAGAAACGGCACCUCUCGUCUUCAUAUAUACUACUAUAAUACAGCAGGGAAACACAGGAGAGGGGACUUUGCGCAUUUCUGGUGAGAAAAAAUAGAAAAGGCUGAGGAAAUAUUUCGCUUUUAUAUACCAGUUCUAAAGGCAUACGCACCCUGACUUGUCUUUCAUUAUCGGUGUGGACGACGCUUUCGCCAAAGAUAUUGGAGAAGCAGUUUGGAGGCUACUUGACUCCCGUAUGCACGAACACACGACACCUUGGUCAACGCUGGUUUGAAUGCCGGAAAAAACCUUAUUUGAAUGUUGUGUGCUUGUGUAAGAAUUUUAAAAGUUAGUGCUGUUUUAGUUAGCCCGUUUAUAACGCUUUCCUGGCAUGUACAAUGAUUCUGUUUAUUCAGGACUAUAGACUAAAACUGUAGACUAUAUUUUAAAACUGUAGACUAUAUUUUACAUCAGAUUAAAUGUGGGCCUAUUUAAAUUUUGCAUAAUUAGACUUGAAAGCUAUUUGGGUUAGACAACUUUGGUAAGCAUGUCAUUUUAUGAGGACUACGGCCAGGAGUUUUCGUUCAGUAAGUCGCUUCGGAGUUGCUGACCGACGGCAGUCUCUUACAUCACGUCAAUGCUUGCUCGGCUUCAGCGUCGCACCGUGGUCCCGGUAGCGUUCUAGGAUGAGCACGGAUCUGGAUCGCAUGUCGCUGAGUUCCUCGGUGAACUCGGUGGCGUCCAGUGCCCGCUCGUUGUCAGUCAACGUCAAAAAGCUGCACAACGCACUCAACCUACUGCUCAAUGAGUUCGAGCGGGAACAGUUUAUCCACUGUCUUAAUGUGUAUCACUCCAAGCGCAACGUCUACGACCUGGUUCAGACGCUUAAAGUCAUCCUCAACGCUCCCAGUAAACGCCAACUGUUACCCAUGUUACGGCUGGUCAUUCCACGCUCGGACCAGCUUUUGUUUGACCAGUACACCUCGGAGGGUCUAUACUUAAAAUCGGAUUUAGUGGCGAGCAAUGGCAGCCCCGAACCAGCUCGGGAAGUUGCUAAUGCGAGUCCCACUCUCGCCACGGUCUAUCCAUCGCAAGUGGCUCUACGAGGGUCUCCAGACACCGCCAGCACCAGCAGCGACGGGGGUACUACUCUGGUGCCGCUGCUCGGCAGUCGAUUCCUGCACGAACCCCCAGGAGAGCUCCGACAGGUGACCCUCAGGCGGCACAAGAGCAACGAGGGUUUAGGUUUCAGCAUCCGUGGAGGUUCCGAGCAUGGUGUCGGGAUCUAUGUGUCGCUGGUGGAACCUGGUUCCCUCGCCGAGAAAGAGGGCUUGAGGGUCGGUGAUCAGAUCAUGAAAGUUAACGACAAAGUGUUCGAGAAUCUGACACAUGCUGAGGCUGUGAAGGUUCUAAAGGGAAAUAAAAAGCUGUGUAUGUCGGUGCGGUCAGUGGGCCGGAUUCCCGGGGGCUACGUGACCAAUCACGUGUACACGUGGGUGGACCCUCACGGCCGGAGCGUCUCUCCCCCGCCCGACCUGAUGGAGCACCGCAGCGCCACCCUGAGCCGUGGAGACAGCCAGCGACGCAGCCACAUGCAGCUGCUGCAGGACGGUGACGAGAAGAAGGUGAAUCUGGUACUGGAUGACGGACGUUCUCUGGGGCUGAUGAUCCGGGGAGGGGCGGAGUACGCUCUUGGCAUCUACAUCACCGGAGUGGACCGGGGCUCUGCCGCUGAGUUCGGGGGACUGAAGGUAGGCGACCAGAUCCUGGAGGUGAACGGCCGCAGCUUCCUCAACAUCCCGCACGACGAGGCCGUGCGCGUGCUCAAGUCCUCGCGCCACCUCAUGAUGACGGUAAAGGAUGUGGGGCGCCUGCCGCACGCCCGCACCGUGGUGGGCGAGACCAAGUGGAUCAGCAGCUCGCAGAUCACCGAGAGCUCCACCACCAGCAGUGUGGCAGGACUGUCUCUGGAUCAAGGGGCGUCGGCGUCAGGAAAGUCUGGCUUUUAUAAGGGUGUGGCUGGCUCUCAGGUGACUCUGUCCAGCCUGGUGAACCAGAGCAGGGCCAUGCUGGAGGAGCAGGCGCGCCACCUGCUGACCGAGCCCGAGAGGCAGACCAUGGGCUACUACCUGGAGGAGUACCGGGACGGGCACAUCGGUGUGGAGCCGCUGGUUAUGGCUCUGUUUGAGCUGCUCAACACCCACGCCAAGUUCUCGCUGCUGUCAGAGGUGCGAGGCCUGGUGUCUCCCCAGGAUUUGGAGCGCUUUGACGGGAUGGUGCUGCGCCGCGAGAUCGAGGCCUUGAAGGCCCGGCAGGGUGGGGCGGGAGCAGCUGCCCUCCACCCAGACUCCUACUCUAUGGUGUCCUAUCCAGACACACUAGCGUCUUCAUCAGCCAGCUUCAUGACUAACACCACGCUCAGCUCAGCACGGAAUGACAGCACAGUGGAGAGUAACGGAGAGGAGCCUCCGGAGAGUAUCAGUUCGCUGCUGCCCGACAUCUCUCUGGACGAGGUGCGGUCCAGGUCCGACUCUCCCCCCUCCUUCAAACCUCCCCCUCCCCCAGGAGUCCAGAGGAUGCCCACCCGGAGAGAGCCGGCCACCAAGCGGCCCUCCUCCGAGUCCUCCCACUCCGGCCUGUACUUCACCGCGCCCUCCUCUUCCUCAUCCACCCUUUCCUCCCACCGCUCGGCCGCGAAAGACCACAAGCGCCCACCCACACGCAAACCCACCGCCUCCACCUCGGCAGACCACCCCGGGAAGGGGGUCCCGGUCACCCAACUGUCUAUGGUCAGCCAGCACAACAUCGGCCCUUUCCCACGCGUCCAGUCCCCUAACCGUAACAAGCCGGUGGCGUCCCAACACCAACACCAACACCAAAACCAACACCAAAACCAAAACCAACACCAACCCACUGUCGCCCCCUCUCCGUCCGUGACACCUCCACCGCCCCCUCCUCUGCCUGCCCCUUCAGUACCCCCACCCACAGCCUCCCCAGACAAGGCCUCCCCCUCCUCUUCCAGCAAGCAGCACUUUGUGAUGGUGGAGGUACACCGGCCUAACGCGGAGCCCGAUGUCAACGAGGAGCGACAGCUGCCACAACCUCGAGGUGCUACUCUCUGCCAGCUAUCGGACAGCGGUCAGACUUUGAGCGAGGACAGCGGGGUGGACAUUGCCGAGUCGGGACGCCUCAGCAAGGAGAGCAGCCCCCGUCCCGCCCGGACGCGUGCCCCCAGGGACGGCACGGGGGGUGCAGGGGAGGCCCCCCCAAAACCGCCGGGUCUAUUGGAACCUACGUCCACUCUGGUAAGGGUGGCAAAAAGUGCCAGCACACUUGGCAUCGCCAUAGAGGGGGGCGCCAACACACGGCAGCCUCUGCCACGCAUCGUCACCAUCCAGAGAGGGGGUUCGGCUCACAACUGUGGUCAGCUGAAAGUGGGUCAGGUGAUCCUGGAGGUGAACGGCGCGUCGCUACGGGGCCGGGAGCAUCGAGAAGCCGCGCGGAUCAUCGCCGAGGCCUUCAAGACCAAAGACAGAGACCACGUGGACUUCCUGGUCACAGAGUUCAACGUGGCACUUUAGGGGUCACUGGGCUCACAUCGACUUCACCAACAUACAGUAUGCCCAGAGUCAGAAGGGUUAGAGGUGGAGAGAGAGAGAGAGAGAGAGAGAGAGAGAGAGAGAGAGAGAGAUGGAGUGAUAUGAAGCCGGAGGAGCAGUCAUGGACUUUAUGAUUUAAGGCAGGGUUAACCCCCUUUCCACAUCCUCCAUGCCUCACACAGGAAAGUAGUUUAACAUGGACUUGGAGUGGAGCCUGAGACCAUUCUGACUCAAGAUCUGUGGGACUACUGAAAAUCACAGAGUAAUUGAACACACAUUCUGACUCCAGAUCUGUGGGACUACUGAAAAUCACAGAGUAAUUGAACACACUUCGGAAUAUGAAGAGCAGGGAUUAAGGAAAACAUCUGCUUUUUUUACAGUAAGCUUCUUAUCUUUGCCGUCACCACAACAUCCCUUGGACUUGAAGCUGACGACACUAACUCACCAACGCACGCACCCACCCACCCACACACACACACACACACACACACACACAUACACACACACACACACACACUCAGUGCAAAGCAGAACAAUGGACUGUUCGUUCAUUAACUGAAAAUGUUACAUUCGCGUCAAACUAUUUUUAAAAUUCUAAAUGGCUGUUUUUAAAGAAAAAUAAAUAAUAUAUCUAUACACAAAUGAUGAGAUGCAGACACGGUAUAAUAUAUAUGUCAAAGAAAUCUUUUCAAAGGCACAGUUUACCGAAUAAUUGUGGUUAAACAUGAUGUCGGAGACAUAAAAUGAAAAUGUGAGAAAAGGGUUAUUAGAGAUUACCACAUAGAAGAACAAACCCCAACUUCCCACUCAAAUGUUUUCCUGCAGAGCACAGGAGAGACUUCUCUGCUGUAAUUGCCUUUUUUGCCCUGGUCUCCGUUGUCAGUUAGCUGCAUUCACUCUGUCUCUGCUAUGCUGCAGUCGACUGCAUCAUUUGGUAAUUACACUUAAACAGUGGUAAUUAUGUGUUAGGGUGGAGGAGAGUGAGAGGUAGGGGAGAGAUAAAGGACAGGGAAAAUAGAGGGAGGAGAGAGAUAGCGAGAAAAAAAAACAGAAAGAGAGCCAAAGGAAGAAAGAUAGCAAAGCGUCCGAAAGAUGAGAGAGAGCCUGUGUGAAGCGAGCUCUGCAUCAGGACAGAUACAGCCGGAGAGGGGCUCACUGUGUGUCCCACACACACACACACACACACACACACACAUCACGACCACCACCCCUGCCUUAGCUCCCACUAUAUCUGUAUUGAGUAUGGAGAGGCACUUCAUCCAAUUAUGCGAUGUGAAUCAGGAACAAAGCAUGGCAAUCAGUCAGGGGAGAGUGAGAGGGAAAGGGAAAGGGGUGUUGGGAAGGAGGGGAGGAGAGCAUUCACUGGAACUAAUGAAAAGUUGUGAAGUGUGUGUGAUUCCUGCAGGAGCUUUACUGAGGAGAGAAGAAAGGAUGGGAGCUGGAGGAAGAGAGAGAGUGAGAGAACAGAGAGAGAGAGGGGGGGGGGGAUAUGCCAUCCACUGAUAUGUCACUCAUGACUGUUGCAUAAGAAUGGGAUGGACCUGGAUCUGAAGGAUCCCUCUGGGUAUGUGUGCAUCUGUGUGUGAGUGAUUACCGCUGUGCGCUACAGCAAUAGAGGAGGACUUCUGUGGGAGCAACCACACAUUGCAAACGCUUGUUUUUACCUGUGUGUGUGUUUGGGCGAGAGAGAGAGAGAGCUAACCAACGAGAGAGAAUUAAUUGCAAGCUCAAAUUGUAGAGCCUAACAUGAAGCAGAAGUUCAGGACAGCUGCUGUCAGGCAAUGCUAUGGCUUUGAGGUAAUUGGGAAUGCUGUAAUGCUUUCAGGAAUGAGUAGGGAGUAUCCAGGUGAUUUCUUCUGCACUCUCCUCAUGAGCAUAGCGGCCAUCUUGAGACUCACUUUACCCAUAUACACCACCAUUUUGUGCAAACAUUGUGUAUUUUUACGUAAAUUUAUAUUUUUAUUUCUAUUAACAAUACUUGUGUAUUAAAAUGAUAUCUAUAGGAUGCUGAUUUAUGAAUAUGGAAUAGAUAUAUGAUUGAUAUAGACAGGGUUUUUUAAAUCACUCGGCACAGCUAAAGUCUGUGUGGUUAGUGAGGGACUCUAACCUGGGGGAUGUUAUUCUAGUUAUUCAAUGGUGCGGGUCCUCCAUCUUGGUAACUAAACACAGAACACCCCCCCACAGAGACACACACAACCUCCCAUUUUACCCUCAGGCUGUGUUCCCACCAGAGCCAAUUUUGCUUCUCUCCAUUUGCCCUGUGUAGUUUUCUACUCGAGUCCAGUUAUUUAAUAUGUUCAUAGAUAUCACUCCUCUUUGGGACCUAAAGACUUAAUUCCACUGGCGGUGAUUGUGUCUGUCUCUAUACGGUACAACAUUGCAGUGGACUAUUCCACAAACAAGGUAAUGAAACAUGACAAUAACAUUCAACUUGAGAGCAGUGUAAGAGUUAUUGAAGUUUAGUGUAUGUGUAAAGUGUAGUUGGGAUUUGCCCUUUUUAAAGUCAGCCUGGAGAUUCCUUGAAAAUGAUGUGUUCUUCAAAGCCAAAUUUUCAAGAAGUUAAUCAAAAUGAAUAUUAAAAAAUUAAUAAAGGCCCACACUAUAAAAAAUGUAAUACAUAAAAAGAAACUGACCUUAUUUUUACUUUUCACCUGUGAUAUUUCAUGAAAUGUACUUUACUAAGUAAAGUACGUUAAAAAGUGUUCUUCACUCUACUUGAGUGAAGUCACAGAAUUGAUUCAUAAACACCAGAGAUGUAUCUUUCCUUCUAUGUGACUUGCUCUGUUGUAAUGACUUGCUUAUAGCAACACUGAGUCAACUGAGCAUUUCUUCAUUCACAAGCAGCCGGUUUCCCCUUUCCAAGUGCUAAAAUAUACAUUAUAAUUAUUUUUUACCGCCAUUGUGCUUUUCACAGAAGAAAGUGCUGUAAACUAGCUUAAGUGUCUGAGCUGAAUCAAUUCACAUUAGAACACAGAUUGCACACCUAAAGCCACUGCUGAGUGGCCAGAGAAAUAUGAUCAUCAUGAACACUAUUCAUAUGACACAAUACAUAGACGGUUUAAAAGUCUAAGGUCUUACACUGUUCUGCAUAAAGAUAUCAGUAAUCACUAGAUAAUCACACAGAUAACUUUAAGCCCCUUUCCACGGCUUUUUAAAGACAUAUUUUGCAAAUGUAGUAAAACAUGAUUCUUUAAUUUCACCCACUUUAUGUAUGUGCCUGGUUAGGUAUAGCCGCACAGCGAUGCUUUCCAUUUUAUUUUAUUUUAUUUUUCAACCCUUUCCUUACCGUUCAUUCUGCCUUCCGUCUACUUGCCUACCUGUCUACUUGCCUGCCUCUUGUACAGUUUGAUGAGGAGCAUUGUACACAGCCAUGCUAUUUAUACUAAAGUGUGUUUAAUUUUCCAAUAAAGAAUAACUGCACAAGAAAA